AUGGAGAACUGCACCGAAGAUGACGACACACAGCAGAAUGGCACUGUACUAUUUCAACUGAUCGUCUACAUCCCAGUGCUCUCUUUGGGGAUCCCACUGAACAUGAUUGCCUUCUGGGUCUUCUGCUUCAAACUCAAAAGGUGGACCGAGACCAGGGUGUACAUGAUCAACCUUGUGGUCGCAGACAGUUUCCUGCUCUUUGCCCUGCCCUUCCUGAUAUAUUUUACCACAUACAACCAUCCCAUAGACAAUCUGUGUUUCACCAUACUGAAUAUCUAUUUUACAAACAUGCCUAUGAGCAUCCUUAUCAUCACCCUGAUUGCAAUUGAUCGAUACAUUGCAAUCAAGGCUAUUGCAGGCUCCUCAGUCAACAGGGGGUGGUACGAGCCACAUCAGUGGCGACAGAGAAAGCUCAGCCUCCAGGACAUGUUGAGGAGGGGCAGGGGUGCUUCCUCCACCAACGUUGCUGCUGUCACAGCCACCGGCAAAUGGUCAUCGCAGGACACCUUGCUGGUUGCAUGCCAGGACAACCACUAG